AUGGAUGCUCGCAGGUACCACCAGCGAUACCCACAACCCUACGGGUGGCCGCGCGUCGACGCGUGGGAUCUCGUCGUCAAGGUCAAAUAUGGUGACACUUUGAAGCGUUUCAAUGCUUCUGUGAAUGGUUCACACUUUGAUCAUGAUCUGCUUGCCCUUCGCUUGAAGAUUGCAACUGCCUUUAAGUUCAGUCCUGACACUGAAUUCAUUCUCACCUAUACUGAUGAGGAUGGAGAUGAUGUCAUGCUGGAUGAUGAUAAUGAUCUACGUGAUGCUGCUGUUAAUCAGAAACUAAACCCUCUUAGGAUUAUUGUUCAAUUGAAGGGCAGCAAUGUUGGGGCAGCUCUGACAAAACAGCACACCACAGAUCUCAAAUCUCUUAGGUCAGCGUCUCUCGAAGAUCAACUAGCUCAGGUGAAAUCAGCUAUUGAUGAAGCUUUAAAGUUUGUACCUGAGCAAAUUCCUGCUGUCUUUGCAAAACUAUCUCACGACUUGCGCUCUAGAGCUGCAUUAUCUGCACCUUCAUUGGCUGAAUUGCUGGACCGUUUUGCUAAACUGAUAGCACGAAGCAGCAAAAUGCAGCCUUCUGCUGGCUCUGGAGUUGGUUCACAAAAAUUGGGAAAUUCAAAGGCUAAGCAGCAAUCUGCACCUAUGACAGUUUCAGCUUCCGAGCCCUCAGACAUGCAAAAUUCUGGGACACCUGAAAAUGGUCUUAAGAGUGUGCUAUUGGAGAAUCCCACUGCUAAAAUUGAUCAGGUGUCAUUAUGUCCUUCAGUUGAGGAUUCACUGGUUUUUACUAGCUUAGGUGGAAUGAAAUCUGAACUCAAGCGGAGUGCUGAUAAUGAAAUAAAGAUAAAAACUGAUGCUCGCAGUAAGGGUAAAUCUGUCAUAUCCUCUUUGCCACCUGCUUCCACCACAUCUCAUGGUGCUCCUACACAACGACCUGUUCCUGUGCCAUCUAUGCUUGAAAACAAACUAAUAUAUGGAACAAACCCUACCUAUACAUCCUGCGGAUCCAAUGGAACAGCUAAUGGUGGUUUGCGAUCGCUAUUCCCUCCUCCACCUGCAGUCUUCCAUCCUCGCUCACCAGUUUCCCCCCCUUACAAUCCUAUCUUUGGAACCAAUGGAAAAACUAGUGGUGAUAUGCUCUCAACUUUCUCCCCUCCACCCAACAUCUAUGGUCCUUUUGAGUACACACCUUCGUCUGUUGGUACGUGCUUUCCUAACCUCUACCCUAUUGGGAGUUCACAUGAUCGUAUGGCCUCUUUGCAUCGUAAUUUACCCAAUCCAGAAGAGAAAUCUUUUGGUAGUUCUUACAGAGGUCUUGGUGCCAAUUACGGGAGCAUCCCACAGCGCGAACAGCAUAGAUGGGUACAAUGUGAUGGAUGUGGAGUGACACCGAUUGUUGGGCCUCGUUACAAGUCUAAUGUUAAAGAAGACUAUGAUCUGUGUGGGGCUUGUUUUUCUCACAUUGGCAAUGAGGCUGAAUAUACCAGAAUGGACAGUCCUGCUUCAAGAUGUAACAUAAAGAUUCUUGAGCGGGUUCCGGCGGAAAAAACAAACUCUCUCUUCAUCAAGGAUGUUACUGUCCCUGAUGGAACACCAAUGGCACCAUCACAUCCAUUUACCAAGAUUUGGCGGGUACGUAACAAUGGGUCUACUAGGUGGCCGUAUGGCACCCAACUUGUCUGGGUUGGUGGAGAUCACUUGGCAUCCCCGUGUUCAGUCAGACUAGCGAUUUCGGUAAAUGGGAGGAUAAAUCCGUGCGAAGAGACUGAUGUAACCGUUGACUUCCUUGCCCCCGCAAGGCCUGGUAGGUACAUAUCUUACUGGAGAUUGGCACUACCCUCAGGUCAGAGAUUUGGUCAGCAAAUUUGGGUUCAUAUUAAGGUGGAGCAGCCUAUUCAAUCUAGUGGCGGCAAGCAGGCUGCUGCGAUGAACCUGAAUCAGAUCCCAGAAGCCAACAGCACAAAAUUAAAGCCUUUCACAAUUGAUCUUGAAACAAACAGUGUUUCCUCAGAACCUUUCUAUGGAUGCCCUGGAAUCCCAAAAGCCAACAGCACAAAACUGAAGCCUUUCAUACUUGAUCUCGAGACAAACAGUGUGUCCUCUGAACCUUUGAGAUGCCCUUUAAGCUUUCGGGAAACCAUGAAACUCGAGGAAUCUAGGCCUGCUCCUGGUGAUAUGUCCUCUGUCCCAACAAUAGUUGAGCCGGUGCAAAAUCCUGUCACUGAUGUUUCUGCCAAAUCUUUAUUGGCUUCAAUACCUGAUGGUGUGCCUGCAUCUGAAGCCUUUCCCCAGCCCAACCCUGUGCCUAUGCUUCCUGUUAGCUCUUCUGCGCCUGUUGUUGAUCAUGUUAGCAUGCCUGCGCCAGCAGCUACUAUUGCUCCUGUUCCAGCAGCACCCUUGCCUGAACAGAUCAUCAACCACCUGGAGGAGAAGCUGAUGACUGAGCUGGAGGGUCUGGGCUUCAUGCAGGCUGACCUGAACAAGAAGAUACUCCGGCAGAACAACUACGACCUGGAGCAGUCUGUUGCCCACCUCUGUGGCUAUGAUGAGUGGGAUGCUCUUGAGUUCUCUGAGCUGGGAUUUGGUGACGCAGAGAUGAACAAGGAGGUGGUUGACAACAGCGACGAAGAAGGAUUCAUCGUGGCGGAUCUUGUGACCAAGGCGGCAAAUGAUCAUUAA